AUGUCUCUCCCGGGUUUAGAACUCACCCAACCCUCGGUGGAGAGGCAGAAUGUUGUCGCCCCGCCGUCGCAGAUCGCCUUGAAGCCGGGCUCGGAGUGGCGCUUUGAAGUCGCAUUCGGACAUAUUAUAAGAGUCAAGCUUCUUUCGGGCACAGCCGAGCUAUUCGGCACCGAACUCGCCGAGUCGCAAACCUACACAUUCUCCGGUACCAAGGCCGCAAUCUAUACAUGGCAUGGCUGUGAGUUGGAGGUCGCUGCUGCCGAGACGGGGACCACAACGCUUGACGGAGUCACUCCGGUAGCUGGUCAUGGCGCAGGCGGAUGCCAGAGCGAAUACACCGCUGAGGAGACACCGAUGGUCGAAUACGCCAACAUCCACUUCGCAUUGGAGAGCAUGCGAGAGGAGUCGCAAGGCUCAGGCAAGGACGGCCCCCGAGUCUUGUUGCUUGGUCCUGAUAAUGCGGGCAAAACAAGUCUGGCUAAGAUCUUGACGUCGUAUGCGACCAAGGCUGGCCGCCAGCCGUUGGUGGUGAACCUGGACCCAACUGAAGGCAUGCUCAGUGUACCUGGGACCCUCACUGCCACACCCUUUCGAACAAUGCUGGAUAUUGAGGAAGGCUGGGGCAGUAGUCCCAUGUCCGGGCCAAGUCCGGUGCCAGUGAAGCUCCCACUUGUCUACAGCUACCCACUUCUUAGUCCACUUGACGCCGAGGGCUCCAUCUACCGGCCCAUUGUCUCACGUCUAGCUCUCUCGGUGACUGGCCGUAUGGCAGAGGAUGAAGAUGCCCGCGAGACGGGCAUCAUUGUUGACACCCCUGGUAUUCUCAGCUCGGGCAAACCGGGGGGCAUUGAACUGAUCAAUCACAUCGUCACCGAGUUCGCCAUCACCACGAUCAUUGUGCUUGGCUCCGAACGAUUGUAUAGCACCAUGGUCAAGCAAUUCGAUAACAAGCCUAGUGCGAGCGCCUCGGCUGCUAUCUUUGACGAGCGGGUCUCUGUCGUCAAGUUAUCCAAGUCCGGCGGCUGCGUCGACCGUGAUGCCGCCUUCAUGAAAGGGAUGCGCGAGUCGCAAAUCCGCUCCUAUUUCUUCGGCAAUCCCAUUCCCUCAACUGCAUCUGCGGCGCUGUCUCUCUCCGCAUCCUCCACCUCGGCUGUGACUCUCUCACCGCACGCACAGCACAUGGAUUUUGCCUCGCUUUCAGUAUACAACUACACGGUCGUUUCGACCGAGGACGAGGACGAAGACGAAUACGAUCCCUCCAUGCUUGGAAUGGGCGAGUCGUUUCUCCCUAGCGGCGGUGGUUUCGACGAUUAUGCGUCCCAGCAGCAGCAAGAACCCGACCGAGCCGCACCGCUGCCAGGUAUCGUUGGCCUCUCCAACGAGACCUCCAACCUCGCAGCCAAUCAAGGCUCCGCCAGCAAUGUACCACUAAAAAAGGUCCUUCCUCCCGCUCCCUCAUCCCUUGCCAACACGCUUCUCGCCAUCACCAACGCCGCGACCACUGCCUCCCCCGCCGAAGUCCGUGAUGCCAGUAUCAUGGGCUUCCUCUACGUUGCUGACGUGGACGCUGACAAGGGCAAAAUCCGAGUCCUUGCUCCUGUCGGGGGACGAGUUCCGCCGCGGGCGAUGAUCUGGGCGAGACGAUGGCCUGGUGAGGUCGUGGGCUUGGUGGGCUAA